AUGAUCGAAGACGACAUCUACCGCUCCUCCAGCCAAUAUCGGCUGUGGUCCUACACGCGCGAAUCUUUGGCCCGGAUCCGGCAGGAGACCAACGAGCUCGCUGCACAGAGAGUGCGUGCUGCGUUCCGGCGCGCCCGAUCUGCUCAGAACGGCGGUCCACACGGCGGUGACGAGGGCGAUGCUGCGGCGGCGGCGACGACAGGAGACACCGUGAUCGACACAUUGACCGUGGAAGAGGAGUUGAAGAUUGUGGAAUGGGGGUGUAGCAAGAUUGUGGAUAUGGGCGAGGCGAUGAACCCGCGGAUUCCAAGCCAUGUCGUGGCCACGGCCACGCAAUACCUCCGGCGGUUCUACCUCACACAAUCGCCCAUGACGUACCACCCGAAAGCCGUCCUCCCCAGCGCAUUGUACCUCGCGACCAAGGCCGACCACUUUUACCUGCCGCUCUCGCGGUUCGUGGCCGAACUACACAACAUCUCCGAAGACGACGUCAAGGCCCCGGAGUUCCUCCUCCUGCAGGGUCUGCGGUUCACGCUCGACGUCCGCCACCCCAUGAAAGGGCUGCAAGGAGGGCAUGUCGAGAUGAACGUCCUCGCCGAGGAAGGAAAACUGGGCGCGAUCGAGCCCGGCCGCGGCAGCGAGAAACGCAUCGGCGUGGCGGCCGACCAGGCGAAGAAGCUGCUCGCGACCGCCGCGCAGCUCACGGACGCGUACUUCCUGUUCACGCCGUCGCAGAUCUGGCUCGGCGCGCUCAUGGUCGCGGACCGCGACCUGUGCGAGGCGUACUUGAACUACAAAUUCGAGGCGAUCGUAGAUGCCGUGGAGCGGCAGGCCGGCAGCCAGACGUCGGACGUCGACAUCGCGGCGUUGCAGACGAAACUGCUCGCGACGGUCAAUUCGUGCGCCGAGCUCUUACAGUCAUACACGCCGCCGGAGGAGGAGUCCGCGACGCAGCGCAAGGAGAUGCGCCGCAUCGGGAAGAAGCUGAAUGUGUGUCAGAAUCCCGAGAAGACGGACAUCGUGGCCGUGGCGCGUGCCAAGGCCGCGGAGAAGAGGGAGGGCAGCGCGACGGGCAGUGGCAGCGACGCGGAAAAGGUGGCAAAGAAGCGGAGGUUGGAGCGCGAGAGGGCCGAGAGAGAGGGCGAUGUGUUUGGCCCUGCCUUGAAAGAUAUUCCUGGCAGGGACGGCGGGAUGGCGAGCGGCGAGGGGUUAUGA